AUGCCGGGCAAGACGCGCACCUCGCAGGCUCACGGCCCUGCCACCGCCAAAAAGCCCUUCAAGCGCGACACGGCCACCGCAAAGCCCGCCUCGUCGCGCUCCACAACCGACCGCUCCGGCCCGUACAAGCCUCGAGCCGACGCUGCACCAGCCGCGUCUGCAUCCGGCUCGAACCGCGACCCGGUCGACCGCAAGCGCAAGCUCGACGACGAGCCGGACAAGGCCGUCGUCCGUAACUCGCUCCUCAACGCCCCCGAGGAGAUCGACUUCCCGCGAGGAGGUGGAUCCGGCCUCACCCAGGUCGAGGUGAGGGAGGCCCAGCUCGAGGGCGAGCACGAGGCCAACGCGACCGAGGACCAGGAGCGCCAGCGUGACACCGAGGUCAUCAAGGACAAGGGCAAGGCCAAGCGCCGCAAGCUUGAGCGCGCGCUCAAGGGCGCCGUCAAGGAGAAGAACCAGUUGCCCAAGGACGCGUUCCGCAUCGAGCACCUCAACUACAAGCGCCUCAUCGCCGGCACCAAGGCGCUCUGCCAGGUCGUCCAGGUCCGCCCCCUCGAGCUCAUCGUCUCGCUCCCAAACCAGCUCCUCGGCCACAUCCCCAUCACCAACAUCUCGGCCGAGUUCACCGCCCGUCUCGAAAAGGCCGGCGACGAGUCGUCGGACGAGGAGGACGAGGACGAGGACGAGGACGAGUCGGACGACGAGGACGAGGGCGCGGCCGACAAGCCGACCAAGGGCCUGCCCGGCCUCCCGUCGCUGUUCCACCCGGGCCAGUGGGUGGUCGCCAUCGUCGUCGCGAGCAAGGUCGGUGACUCGAAGGCCAAGCUCGGCGGGCGCGAGGGCGACGAGGUCGUGCGCUCGUCUCGGCGCGUCGAGCUGUCGCUCGAGCCGGAGAAGGUCAACGAGGGCAUCGCCAAGGGCGACCUCAAGCGCGGCUUCAUCUUGCCCGCCGCCGUCCACGACCUCGAGGACACGGGCUACUCGCUGUCGUUCGGCCUGCCGCCCCUGUCGUCGUUCCUGCCGUUCGCCGACGCCAAGAAGCUGUCGCCGACCAAGCCGCUCCACGUCGGCCAGGUCGUCCUGUGUCGCAUCACCAAGGUGCACGACAACGAGCGCACCCUGUCGGUCACGGUCGAGCAGGCCGACCUCGCCGGGACGACGCUCGACAACGUGUCGUCCAUCACGUCCAUCCUCCCCUUCCAGCUCGUCACCUGCCUCGUCACGGCCGUCCUCCCCUCGGGCCUCAACGUCAAGUUCCACGGCUUCUUUGACGGCACGAUCGACCGCUUCCACCUCCCCGUCUCGGCCGGCGACGACCUCGCCGACCACUUCCAGCAGGGCCAGAAGGUCAAGGCGCGCAUCCUGUGGGACUCGAUCGCGGCGAGCCCCAAGAAGUUUGCGCUGUCGAUGGCGCCGCACGUCGCAAAGGUCGACGAGCGCGCGGCGACCCAGACCGAGCAGCGGUUCCCGGUCGGCGCCAAGUGCAAGCGCGUCAAGGUGCUCGCCAUGGACGACGAGUGGGGCCUGACGUGCGAGAUCGAGGACGGCGAGGACGUCGUGCCGGCUUUCGUCCACAUCUCGCGCAUCACCGACGACCACCUGAACACGAUCCCCAAGUCGGGCCCGUGGAAGGUCGGGUCCGUGCACCCGGCUCGCGUCCUCGGCUUCUCGGCGCUCGACCACCUCGUGCAGCUGUCGAUGCAGCCCUCGGUCCUCGAGCAGUCGUUCCUCCGCGUGCAGGACGUCGAGGUCGGCGCCGAGGUCAAGGGCACGGUCAAGGUGCUCAAGGACAACGCCCUGUUCGUCUCGAUCGGCGGCAACGUCGACGGCGUCGUGUGGCCGCUCCACUACGCCGACAUCCGCCUCAAGCACCCGGAGAAGAAGUUCAAGCCGGGCCAGGCGGUCAAGGCGCGCAUCUUCUCGGCCGACGCCGACAAGAACCGCGUCGUCCUCACGCUCAAGAAGCAGCUGAUCAACUCGGACCUGCCCAUCGUCGCCCGCCUCGAGGACGCCAAAGUCGGCGUCGUCACGCACGCCACCGUCACCAAGGUGCUCGACAAGAGCGUCCUCGUCGACUUCUUCGGCGGCCUGCGCGCCCUCGUCCCGGCCGCCGAGGCCGCCGAGGCGUUCACGCAGGCGGCCGACCUCGCCCGCCUGUUCCCGGUCGGCAAGGUCAUCCCCGUCCGCAUCCUCUCGGUCGACCCGGCGACGUCGCGCAUCGUCGCCUCGGCGCGCCAGGCCUCGGGCUCGGCCGUCGCCGCCGCCGCAUCCGGCGCGGCCGCAAUCGAGGCGCUCGACAUCGGCACCGUCACGACGGCGACCGUCGCGCAGCUGCACGACACGAACCUCGUCCUGACGCUCGCGCCGUCGGGCGUCAAGGCGCUCCUGUCGUACCCGACGCUCGCCCGUCACCGCGGCGUCCAGGUGCCCGACCUCAAGGCGAGCUUGACCAAGGGCCAGUCGCUCGAGGACCUCGUCGUCGUCUCAAAGAACGUCGACAAGGGCUUUGUCAUCGUCGGCCUCCUCCCGUCCAAGUCGGCGUCGGCCUCGACCUCGUCCGCCACCGCCUCGACCUCGGCCGGCACCGCGCUCACGCUCGACUCGCUCAAGGUCGGCGCCCUGUACCCGGGCCGCAUCGCGUCGCGCCUGCCGUCGGGCGUCAUCCUCGUCCAGCUCGCCACGGCGGGCCGUCACGCCCCUCGCGGCCGCGUCGCGCUCACCGAGCUCGCCGACACGUACGCCGACGACCUCUCGACCGCGUUCCCGGUCGGCGCGCACGUCGACGCGGUCGUGCUCGCCGUCGACAGCGACCAGCACCGCCUCGACCUGUCGCUGCGCGCGUCGCGCGUCGCCGAGGCCAAGGGCGACGAGGUGCCCGAGGUCCAGGACCGCGUCAUUGACGGCGUCGAGACGCUCAAGGCCGGCGACAAGGUGCGCGGGUUUGUCAAGAAUAUCGCCGACGCGGGCGUGUUCGUCACGCUCGGCGGCGAGGUGACGGCGCGCGUCCAGAUCAAGGAGCUCUUUGACGAGUACGUCAAGGAUUGGAAGCCGCGCUUCAAGGUCGGCCAGCUCGUCGAGGGCAAGAUCCUCUCCGUCGACAAGGUCACGUCGCAGGUCGAGCUCUCGCUCCGCAAGGGCGGCGUCGUCAAGAAGGACGCGCAGCCCGACCUGCCCUCGCUCGCCGACGCCAACCUCUCGGUCGGCCAGGUCGUUCGCGGCGUCGUCAAGCGCGUCGAGGACUUUGGCGCCUUCAUCCGCCUCGACGGGCUCAACGUCCAGGGCCUGUGCCACAAGAGCAAGGUGACGGACGACGACAAGGGCAGCUGGAAGGAGCACGUCCGCUCGGGCGACAAGGUCCGCGCCGUCGUUCUCGCCGUCGACCUCGAGGCCAAGAAGGUGUCGCUCGGCCUCAAGAAGAGCCUGUUCCCCGAGGGCGAGACGUCCGAUGACGAGGAGGACGAGGACGAGGACGUGGGCUCGAGCGCCGAGGAGGAGGAGAUUGCAGAUGGAGCGAGCGACGACGAGGACGACGAGGCCGACGAGGACGUCAGCGAGGGCGACGAGCUCGACAUGGCGGCGUUGCUGAGCGGCGCGGGCGCCGGCUCGGACGAGGACGAGGACGAGGACGAGAAGAUGGUCGACGAGCCCGAGGUCCCGGUCGCGUCGACGAGCAAGCUCGCCUCGGCACCCGCACUCGCCGUCUCGUCCGGCUUCACCUGGGCCGGCGACGACGACGACGAGCCGAUGCAGCCGGCGCAGGCCGACGACGACGAGAGCGACGACGACGAGCCCGCCGCGCCCAAGCCGUCUGCGACCGCCGCCGGCAAGAAGGCGGCGACGGGCGUGUCGGCGCUCGACGACCGGACGGGCGACCUCGACACGCAGGCGCCGACGUCGGUCGCCGACUUUGAGCGCCUGCUCCUCGGUUCGCCCAACUCGUCGUACCUGUGGAUCCAGUACAUCGCCUUCUUCGUCGGCCUGUCGCAGCUCGACAAGGCGCGCGAGAUCGGCCGCCGGGCGCUCAAGUCGAUCCACUUCCGCGAGGAGCAGGAGAAGCUCAACGUGUGGGUCGCGCUCCUCAACCUCGAGAACUCGUACGGCGACGAGUCGACGGUCGACGAGCGGUUCAAGGAGGCGGCGCAGUACAACGACGCCAAGACGGUCCACCUGCGCAUGGUCGACACAUACGAGCGCACGGGCAAGUACGAGGCCGAGGAGGAGCUCUUCAAGCGCACGGUCAAGAAGUUCUCGCAGAGCUCCAAGGUGUGGACGCUCUUUGCGCAGUACUAUCUGUCGCACGGUCGCCCCGCCGAGGCGCGCGAGCUCCUCCCUCGGAGCCUCAAGAGCCUCGAGAAGCGCAAGCACGUCAAGACGAUCGUCAAGUUUGCCCAGCUCGAGUUCAAGCUCGGCGACGCCGAGCGCGGCCGCACCAUCUUCGAGGGCAUCAUGGACUCGUACCCGAAGCGUCUCGACCUGUGGUUCGUCUACGUCGACAUGGAGAUCAAGCAGCGCAACGUUGCCGGCGUGCGCGCCCUGUUUGACCGCAUCCUCGCCUCGCGCCUGUCGAGCAAGAAGGGCAAGUCGGUGUUCAAGAAGUGGCUCACGUUCGAGAAGGAGCACGGCGACGAUGCGGGCGUCGACGAGGUCAAGCACCGGGCGGUCGCGUUCGUGCAGGGUCGCUCGCAGCCCGAGGGGGACGAGGAGGAGGACGACGAGUAGCCGAGCCCUGAGCAGCACUGCGCUCGUCUGUUGUACUUCUAAGCAUUCUCUCUUG